GUACACCCUGUACUGGUCGCCAGCCAAUAACAUUGUAAAUAGAUUAAAUCAAAAAACAUUAUAGCUCGCACAAAAAUUCAUUUCUUCCUCGUAAAACUGAAAACAAGCAGUCUACCAUUCAUACAUCUAUGCCGUCUUAUAGUUUUCAACUAACUCUUACAAUAGUCUUAUAUGCUAACAUUGCUAAUGGAUGCACAUAUAUUUGACCACCUUUUUUUUUGCGUACAAUGGAGGGGAAAUGCUCAAAUUUAGCCCAAUUGUCGGGAUGUGAGUAAUUGACUUUGAAUAUUGCACAGAUUUUACAUUUACGAUUGCCUUCUCUGACCGUUUUCUGGGCAGAUCGGAAAAUAAAAAUCACUCCUAACACAUCCCACAUCACUAGAUAAACACUAAGCAUCAUCUUUCAAAGAGAGCCGAUAACUGGGCCUUUACUGACUUUGAUUGUAAGGGAAUGAAAAUACGCAAAUCGGCCCGAUUAUCAUUAUGUUUGUAACCCACUUAAUGACACUUGGAUAUAAAAAAAAACAGCUAAAUAUUUCUCCGUCGGAUGUCAACUGCCGUUCAAUCACCUCAAUUAGCAGCAGCCAAUUAGCCCACCAGGCAACCCUCUCCAUGGCAACCACAGAGACUAAUCCUCAAGAGCUGACUUCCAAUUAUUACCCUUUUGCAGUACCCAGAAUUCUGCCCAAACAGCUGACGAGUGGUCCUUUUUCACCCACGGACAGGUAGACUUCAGCUUUUCAGAGGCUUCACAAACAUUCCUUACUGUGCUCGGUCGUUUUGAUCAAGAGUGGGAGGAUGUUCAAACGUGUUUUUUGUGAAGAAAAAAACCCCAAACAGCAAUGACUCAGAGAUCAUUCAAAAAAACCUGUUUUUUUUUUUUUUUUUUAGGAGGGAUGUACUAGAUGUACUGUGUCUCCUAAAGCAUUCCCAAUGACCUUGUUUUUAAUUUGAGUAUUUUUCCCCAGCCUCAAAUGCCAAACACAAGUUUUUUUCUAAAUACUAAUUAAGCUCUCCCCCUUGACACCCUGCCGCUUUCUCCCUGCCCCUGUGCUCUCUGACUGGCUGCAUUAAUCCUUUUGUUGUGGACCAAGGGGCCCGGCUUUGGCUGCACUGUAAGGGUUAGUUCAAGCGGAGGGUGACCGCCAAGGCCUCUCGUCCUCCAGACUCCACGUUUGGAUGGUCACCAACCUCUAUAGCAACAUGUGCUUCUGGAGAUUCACAGUUCCUCAUGUUCUGCUGCUACUGAUGUGUCUACUGGGGAGAGUCCAAGCAGAGUCCAAUCUUAAGGAGGUCCUCAGAGUCUUGGAUCUACCAUUCAGCCCGGAUGAAGAGGCGCACCUGCAGAAGAACCACAUCGGCGUCCUUGUUUCUGCGAUUCUUCUGGCGGUGAACUGCCCAGAGAAGACUGGUGCCUCUCAAGAAGUCUGUGACAAGUGUCUGCCACCCGAUGUCGCGGUAUCUGUGCUGGAGGAUGACGGGAAGCCGUACCUAACCGAGGAAGGCUUCCAGCGCCUCUCCACUCUUUUGCUGUAUUACAUCGUGAACCUGCAAGAUCUGUGCCAGUCGUCUUCCUCGCCUGUCGGUAGCUACGAGUUCUACCUGCUAGCUCUCACCGAUCUCCACCCGGUGGAGGACAGCGGUGUCUUAUCAUUGGAUGAACUUGAGAGCAUUCUGCAGAUCAUCAACCAGCACAACAACCCCUCCAGCCAAGAACGUUCUACGCUCUCCAACCUCCAAUGUAUUGACGCCGCUCAUCUUCUUGAAGAUGCUAAUGUGAAAGAAGGUACCGGUAAGAUGUCUGUGGCCAAAGUGUUUGCUGCCAUUAUCAGUCACCUCCUGCAGGGUCACUGUUUCGCUCAGAGGAACCUCCCUCCACCGGCCUUCUUUACCAACUACAUCUUUCAGUCCCUCAACCGCACCAAUGAACUGGGAGUUUUAGAUCUGGAGGUGCUGCUUCACCAGCUCGGCGUUGGCAGAGAAGCAAAGAAGCCGCACGCUCACGACAGGAAGAGGGGAAGCUCGCAGACAGAGUCUGGGCAUUCACAGGAGGGUUGCAACCAUGACGCUGGAAACUGGGCACGGGUCUGUUUGUCAGCCAAUCAGCUGGUGUAUAUUUUUGCUCUCGAUCCACAAAUGCCCAUUUCCGAGGAGCACUUUGGACAAAUGUGCCCGGCCAUCAUCCAGCAGCUGCUUGGGAAUGCAUGCGAUUCUGGAGAGUGGAACGCAAGAGGAUCUCAUCAGCCCACAGCUUUUGAGAAGUAUGGCUACAGCACGGCGGCGGUGCUGCUCAUCACGCUGGGAUCCAUGCUCGGCAUCUGCCUGAUCUUCUUCAACUCCUGCCAGGAGACCUACAACCUCAUCCUUCAGCUCUUUGUGGGCCUGGCCGUGGGGACCCUCUCCGGCGACGCCCUCCUUCACCUCAUCCCGCAGAUCCUUGGCCUCCACGGACACGAUGAGGAGGACCUCGCGGAGCAGAAGGACUACCUGUGGAAGAUCGUCGGCGUGGUGGCCGGGAUCUACGGCUUCUUCCUCAUGGAGAGGAUUUUCUCCUUCCUGGUUCCUCAGCACAGACAUAGCCACUCUCGGGGUGACUGCGAGGGUCCGUCCCGGAGGGGCAAGUCCAUCUCUACCAUACAGCUGCAGGGACCAGUGGACGAAGAAGCAGAAACAUCUCCAGUGCAGAGCCCGUCACAACAAAUUCGCGGCGUUCCCCUGCUGGCCGUGAUGGUCAUCGUGGGCGACAGCCUCCACAACUUUGCUGACGGCCUGGUGCUGGGCGCCGCGUUCUCCUCGUCGCCCGAGUCUGGCAUGGCGACCACCGUGGCCAUCUUGUGCCACGAGAUCCCCCACGAGAUGGGGGACUUCGCGGUGCUGUUGAGCUCCGGACUCCCCGUAAAGAUGGCCGUGGUCAUGAAUUUUGUCAGCGCCCUGACUGCUUUCGCUGGCCUCUACAUUGGUCUCUUUGUCUCGGCCGAGGCGCAAGUGCAGCAGUGGAUCUUUGCAGUCACUGCGGGGAUUUUCCUCUACCUGUCAUUGGUGGAGAUGCUCCCCGAAAUGAGUCGCUUGCAGAGCGGGCGACCAUUAACUGCGUUCCUCCUGCAGAAUGUCGGCCUCCUGUCGGGCUGGGCCUGUCUCCUGCUGCUUGCACUCUUUGAACAUGAUCUCAAAUUCUAAUACUAUCAUCAUAAUCACAACAAUAAACAUGGAUAUUUUACGGAGGCGUCUCCUUUGUGAGGCUUACCGUUGCGCCCCCGAGCUAGGUGAGUAACGGUCAGCCAGCCCACACGCGCCAGAGGCUUUGCGCUGAUGAGUCAGCCAUUAUGUCACACGUGAAAAGUCGACAGAGAGAAAGAAUAUGCUUCCUCUCGCCGUUUUAGAAAAAUUUGACAUUUUCUUGAAAUAAAUAAAUGGAAUAGCUUGGAAAAACUUGCUUGUAUGAAUAUAUACAGCUUUUUGUACAAAAAUGCUACUGUAUUCUUUGUAAAUUUUUACUUUAUUUUUUUUUCAAAUAAAUACAACUCAUUUCCUUGAAAGAUAAGGCAUGAGUUUCUUGUAAAAAUCGGAUUUCCCCCCCAAAGAAAUUACACCAUCUCAUAAGAUUAAGACAGUGUGUGCAGUAGUUUAUUCCUCAUUAAAUUUAGACUUUGUUCUCAUAAUAAUGGGACUUUUUUUCUUCUUAAAAAAAACAACUGUUUAUUGCUUUUGAAGAAACUACUUCAUAUCUGUCUAUUGGUCUACUAUUCAGACUUUUUUUCCUUGAAUAAACACUAUAACUAUAAUUUUCUUUGAAAAAUACACUAGUUUUUAUUGAAACAAAACUUUUUUUUUAUAUGAUCCUGACAAAAUUACCAGAUUAUUGAAGAUUACCACUUUAUAUUGUAUAUAUUUACUUUUUCUUGUCAAAUUUUGACUUGAUGUAACCUUUUUUUUUUUAAACCUGAGGAUUUUUUAUUUAAAAAAAAAAAAAAAAAAAACUAAAUGUUUAACCUACAAAUGGUGGAUCAUCUUUUUUUUUAUUUUUAUUUUUUUAUUAUUAACGGCCCUCAGUGGACAUUAUAAAAUCCGAAAUGCUUCCCACCUGUGGUAUCAAAAUUUAUGACUAUGUUCCACUUGAAAUUGCAGCUGCAAAUGAAACUAUAAGAGGGCAAUAAAGAAUCAAGACAUUUUGAUGGCGCACACCUUCUAGAAAGUACACAACUUAAGACAUCAUCCAUCCAUCCAUUUUUAUAUUUUUUUUGUACAGUUUAUCAUAAGUAAGGUCGAGGCUGUGCUGGAGCCUAUCCUGUCUAUCUUUGGGUGAAAGACGGGAUACACCCUGAACUAGUCGCCCGCCAAUCGCAGGGCACGUAUUGACAAACAACCAUUCACACCCGCGGACAAUUUAUCCAUGUUUUUGGAAUGUGGAAGGAAACUGGAAUACCUGGAGAAAGGCCACGCAAGCAUGGAAGAGAACAUGCCAACUCCGCACAGGAAGACCCGGAUUCGAUCUCACGACCUCUGAUCUCUUGAGACGGACGUGCUAACCGCGAGGUCAUCGUGCCGCCUUAUGGGGACAUAUGAUGUAAAAUUGACUUUUUGAAGGUUUGUGUACAAUACGUUUGGAAUGCCUGCACACCCAUCAAGCGUGAAAUGAAACAACCAAGCUAAUACAGUGGUGCAUUGAGAUACGAAUGACUCGAUUUAAGAGUUUUUCGAGUUCCGAGCUGUCAUUUGACAUUUCUUUGCAUUAACUUCUGAGAGCAGACUUGCGAUACGAGCACGGACUCAACUCGCUUUCAAACAAACAGCAGUUUGGGAGGUACAAUUAGAAAACGAUUCCUAAAAAGAAUACUUCAAGCUGUUUAUAGCCCUUCGCAGUUAAGUUUACCAUCAAUCUCAACAUAAAACCAACAGAAUUACACCUAGUGUAUUUAAAGCAACCACAUCGCUUAGCUUUUCAGUCCGCUAUCCUAAUGCUAAUGCUAAAUAGCUUGUAAAAUACAAGUGUUUUGAGUUACAAGUCACAAUCAUGUUAUUAAGACACCUGUGAAGUGUAAAUUGUGGGAAAACAUGCUUACUCUCUCCUGGUGUUUAAAUGUUUUGAAUAAAAGGCGAAUAGGACCGUAGUGAAUGGACUUGAUUUUCAUUCGUCUCUGUUAUUGCGAGGGGGCGGUGGAAGUAGGAUCCACGCCGGACGAGUGCGCGGAUGGAGCGGCCGGUGUGGGCAAGGAAAAACGAUGUGACGAGUUGCCGCGGGGCUGGAAAACAUCCACGCCACCGCCAUGAUAUCAUGACCACCACCUUCACCGGAGCUCCACACACACUCGCUUCUUCCAACUUGCCGGCCGGAAGAGGAGCAAGCCUCCUCGGUCUCGUCCACCCUCGGGGCGGCGAUGCGUGGCUCAACAUGAAGAGCUUGUUUUUUGUUUUUUAUGUUUAGUUUUUUUUGUCCCCCCCCCCCCCCCCCAAUUUUCGUCGUUAGUACUUGUAAAAAAAUUAAAUAAAAAUAGCUACUGGCACAUGAUAAUGGAGGUGGACUCGUUGGAGCAGCCGGUGUUUCCACGUUUAACCCAAGGAGCCCGCAGGAAAGGUCGCUUAAAAGGUUCGGACGGGAGCACGUCCUCGGACACCACAACGAACAGCCUCGCACGCCAGGGUUCGGCCGAUUCCUACACCAGCCGUCCAUCAGACUCUGAUGUGUCUCUGGAGGAGGACAAGGAGGCAGUGCGCAGAGAGGCAGAGAGGCAGGCUCAGGCUCAGCUUGACAAGGCUAAG